AUGUCCGACGAUUUCAUGUACGAGGAGGACGACGAGUUCGACUUUGAGUACGAGGAGGAUGACGGCAAUGACGAGGACCUCGGCCUAGAGAGUAAGUACUACAACGCCAAGGCGCAGCGCGACGACCCGGGGGCAGCGCUCAGCGAGUUCCAAGCUGUCGUGAGUGAGGACCAGGCGGCGGGCACCAGCGAGUGGGGGUUCAAGGCGACCAAGCAAAUAAUUAAGCUGCAUUUGCAACGACCAGGCAACGACCAGCAGGUACUGUCGAGCUACGAGAAAAUGCUCGACUUUGUACGCAACUCGACGGUGACCAGCAACUACGCCGAGAAGAGUAUCAACAAUAUGCUGGAGCGUGUGGGAGGCAGAGAGGCUGAGUUUACGCGCAAGUUCUACCAGUUGACGCUGGCCGCGCUGAAGCAGGCACGUAACGACCGCCUGUGGCUGCGCACCAGCUUGCGGCUGGCCAAGCUGCUUCUGGACCAGGGCAAGUUUGCCGAGCUAGAAGCACUGUUGGCAGAUCUGCGAGCUGAGUGCCGUGACGCGCAGGGUCAGAUCAUCCUCGAGCGCGGCACGCAGCUGCUCGAGAUCAACGCCAUGUACCUGGGCAUGUACUCUGCGCGUAACGAGCCCAAGAAACUCAAGGACACGUACCUGCAGUGCGUCUCUGUCAAGUCAGCGUUGCCGCAUCCGCGCACAAUGGGAUUCAUCCGUGAGUGCGGUGGCAAAAUGUACAUGGCCGAGCGCAAUUGGACCGAGGCACAGUCCAAUUUUUUUGACGCCUUCAAGAACUACGACGAGGCCGGCAGUCCGCAGCGCGUUCAGGUGCUCAAGUACCUUGUGCUGGCAUCGAUGCUCUCUGAGACUGAGGUCAACCCGCUAUCGUCGCCUGAGGCCCGGUCAUACGAGAGCGACCCGGCUAUUGUCGCCAUGACCAGUUUGGUGCGCGCGUACGAGAGCCAGCAGGUCCAUGAGUUUGAGCGGAUCUUGGUCGACCAUCGCGAGACUAUCCUGGGCGACCCGUUCAUCGCCCGGUAUAUUGACGACCUGCGCCGCACCUUCCGCAUGCAGGCGCUGCAGGGCGCCGUGGCGCCAUACACGCGCGUUAGGAUUGACGUCCUCGGCAGGCGCCUCAAGGUCGAGGCCACGGAGGUCGAGGACCUGCUGGUUGCGCUGAUCCUCGACAAGCGGCUCGACGCAAGCAUCGACCAGGAGAACGGCAUUCUGAUUUUGCGGCAGGAGACGUCCGACGAGUCGCAAUAUGAUGCUGUCAGCAAGUGGGCCACCAGCCUGGAGACUCUGAUGCAGCAGUCGCUGUCGAUUCUGUCGUAG